AUGUCCGACAAGCAGCAAGAAGCAAGUGGUGUGCGAGUAGCCAUAGACCGUGGAGGCACCUUCUGCGAUGUCUGGGCGUACAUUCCAGCCAAUCUGGUCCACAGGGAUCUCUCGCCGGAUCUCCUGGGGAACGCUGAAGUCAUCCCCUCAACGGACGGUAGCGGCAGCGUCCAGGUCACCUUCAAGCUCCUCUCGGUCGAUCCCGCGAACUAUGAUGACGCGCCCAGCGAGGGUAUCAGGCGCUUAUUGCAGAUUGCGCAGGGCAAGAAAGUGGGAAGAGGGGAGCAGUACGACACGUCCCUCAUUGAAAGCGUACGAAUGGGCACUACGGUCGCUACCAACGCCUUACUCGAGCGGAAAGGCGCGCCAUUCGGCUUGGUCCUAACCGAAGGCUUCGCAGACCUCAUCGAAAUAGGCGAUCAGACCCGCCCGGACCUCUUCGACCUGAGUCUCUCGCGAAAGGCCAAGAUCCUGUAUCGGCCACAAGAUCUCGUACUGGCGGAAGAGAGGGUCACGCUGGAGGGAUGGAGUCUGAAGCAAAACGGUCCGAGCGCGGACGAGCUGGUCAAGCUGGCUCAGGAGGAAGGUGCGAUGAAGGAGGGAGAAGCGGUUUUGAUGGGAAUCAGCGGAGAGGCGGUCCGAGUGUUGAAGCCGCUUAAUACCGAGAAGAUGCGCAAGGACCUCCAGAGGCUGUAUGACACCGGCAUCCGCGCGAUCGCUGUCUGUCUCAUUCACUCUUAUACAUAUCCCGAGCAUGAACAGCAGGUGGGUCGUAUCGCCGAGGAAAUCGGUUUCACCCAAAUAUCCCUCUCAUCCUCGCUUUCACCAGCUAUCAAAGCCCUCCCGCGAGGCAACUCGGCCGUCAUCGACGCUUACCUCUCGCCCAUCCUCCGAGCCUAUGUCGACGGCUUCAAUAGUCACUUCGCGGGCAACAAGGCGGGUAAGCGGUCAGAAUUCAUGAAGUCGGAUGGAGGGCUGGUGUCUUCCGACAAAUUCUCCGGACUCAGGGCGGUACUCUCCGGCCCCGCUGGCGGCUUUGUUGGCUGCGCUUUGACCUCCUACUCUGAGAAGCGGAAACGCCCGGUCGUCGGCUUCGAUAUGGGCGGAACCUCCACGGACGUUUGCCGCUUCUCGGGCGAAUUCGAGUUGACGUACGAGAGCAUCAUUGCGGGUGUCAAGAUCGCCUGUCCCCAGCUCAGUAUCGAGACUGUCGCUGCUGGAGGAGGAUCUCGAUUGACGUACAAGAAUGGGAUGUUCCUUGUCGGACCCGAAAGUGUUGGCGCCCACCCUGGUCCAGCCUGCUACCGCAAGGGAGGCUCUCUUGCUAUUACCGAUGCCAAUCUGAUCCUCGGCCGCCUUAUCCCCUCUCAAUUUCCCAGUAUCUUCGGCCCCAACGCAAACGAGCCACUCGAUAUCUCCGCUUCUCGCGUCAAAUUUGAGGAGCUUACCGCUGAGAUCAAUGCGGAUCGAAAGGGCUCGAAGGCGUACUCAGUGGAGGAUGUCGCGUCUGGGUUCGUCAGGGUCGCAAACGAGGGGAUGAGUCGGCCGAUGCGGAAUGUGACGGAGCAGAAGGGGUUCGCUACGGCCAGUCAUGACUUGUGCUGUUUUGGAGGUGCCGGUGGUCAGCAUGCCUGCGCCAUCGCCGCCAGCCUCGGCAUAUCCACCGUUGUCGUCCCCCGCUUCUCCUCCAUCCUCUCCGCUUACGGUAUCGCCUGCUCGGACCUCACCUCCGAAGCUUCCCUUCCACUCUCCGCCGAGAUCCCUGAUAUCCUCCCCUCCUCCUCCGUCCAGACCGACAUCCAGUCUCGGGUCGACUCCCUCAAAGCCGACGUUACCCGUCAGCUCGUCGAGCAGGGCGUCACCCCUUCGGACGUAGUUCACUCCAUCACGGUCUCGACACACUAUGAUGGGUCGGACACGUUACUUCAGAUCCCCCUGUCCGACAAACUCAAGGAGGACUUUAUUGCUGCUCAUCUGCGGGAAACCAGCUUCAGCACCAAUCGCCCCGUACGGAUCGCCAAUAUCCGCGUCAGGGGAGUAGGGCGGACCUUCAAGGUCGCGCCAACGGACUAUGCGCAUGCUCUGGAGAAGGCGGAGUCUACGCCGAAUGCGAUCGUCGCGCCCUCGAGUCGGACCCAGGCGUUCUUUGAGGUCGACAAGGUCGCCACACCGAUCGACACCCCAGUCUACAUCCUCGGUUCGGUCCCUACCGGCACCAAGAUCCCCGGUCCGGCCAUCAUCGUCGAUUCUACCCAGACCAUCGUCGUCGAGCCAUUCACUGUCGCGGUCUGUCUCCCCGAGCACGUCAUCCUUCGGCUCUACGCUGCAUCCCCCUCUCCCUCCGCCGGCAUACCAACACCCGCCCAGACCGACCCCAUCAUGCUCGCGGUAUUUGCCAACCGCUUCAUGUCUAUCGCCGAGCAGAUGGGUCAUACACUCCAACGGACCAGUAUCUCCGUAUCCAUCAAGGAACGACUGGACUUCUCGUGCUCUAUCCACGGUACGGACGGGGCGCUGGUGGCGAACGCGCCGCACAUCCCGGUUCAUCUGGGGAGUAUGCAGUAUGCGGUGCAGGCGCAGCAUUUGCAUUGGGCGGGGAAGCUGAGGGCGGGGGAUGUGCUGUUAACAAAUCACCCACAGUGGGGAGGUACCCACCUGCCCGAUCUCACGGUGGUCACGCCGGUCUUUGACCCGAAGGACGAUACCAAGGUUCUCUUCUACGUCGCUUCACGCGGGCAUCACACCGACAUUGGAGGCACGGGCGUCACUUCCAUGAAUCCCAUCUCGAAGGAGCUCUGGGAAGAAGGCGUCUCGAUCAAGUCUUUCCGGCUCGUCUCGCAAGGCAAAUUCGAGGAACAGGGCGUCCGAGAUCUCUUUGGGGAAGUCGCCAAAUACCCCGGCUGUUCGGCCACUCGGCGGAUAGACCACAACAUCACCGAUCUACAAGCCGCCAUAUCUGCCAAUGUCCAAGGAACGAAACUCGUCAAUCGCCUUUUCGAUGAGUUUGGCUCGGACCAGGUCCUGUUCUACAUGAAGGAGAUCCAGCUGGUCGCGCAGCAAACUAUCAAGGCGUUCUUUAGGGAGACGUACGAUAAGUUUGAGGGCAAGCCGUUGAGGGCGCAUGACUUUAUGGACGAUGGGACAAGGAUACAGCUGGAAGUGCGAAUCAAUAGGGAAGAGGGAACGGCGGUGUUUGAUUGGGCUGGGACCGGGCCGCAGACGUAUGGAAACAUGAAUUGCCCUAUCUCGCUCUCAUAUGCCGCUAUCAUCUAUUCUCUUCGGUCCAUGAUCAACCCCGAGAUUCCCAUGCCCCUAAACCAAGGCGUCCUCGACCCCGUCACCAACAUCGUCCCUCCCAACUCCUUCCUCAACCCCUCCGGCGCAGUCGCCAUCUCCGGCUCCACCAUAUCCUCUCAGCGCCUCAUCGACGUCAUCCUCCAGGCGUUUGAGGCUGCCGCUUGUUCUCAGGGCUGCGCAUCGUCCACGGGUUUCGGAUCAGGCGGGAAGUUGGCGGACGGGACGGUCGUUCCUGGGUUCACGUACGGCGAGUCGUUGGGCGGAGGGAGUGGAGCUGGACCGACUUGGUCAGGCAAGCAUGCCGUCUGCGUGCACUCGACCAAUACCCGCUUGACUGACGUCGAGAUAUUCGAACAGCGCACCCCUCUCAUCCUCCUCGACUCGUCUAUCCGGUGGGAAUCAGGUGGCCGAGGUGCCCAUCGAGGCGGGAACGGAAUGGCCAAGAUGUUUGAAGCGCGAGAGGAUGUCAACUUUUCGAUCGUCUCGCAGCGACGGACAUUUGCGCCGAAGGGAAUGAAGGGCGGAGAGGAUGGAGCGAGGGGGGCGAAUACGUGGUUCAAGAAGACGGAGGAUGGGGGUUAUCAGGCUAUCAAUGUUGGGAGUAAUGGGAUUGCCAAGUUGAAGAAGGGGGAUAGGGUACGGAUUGAGACGCCGGGAGGUGGUGGGUGGGGCAAAGAAGAGAGGGCAAGUUUGUCACAGUAG